AAGUUUAUUAUUUCAUUAAUUCAGACAAUUCAGAUUACAGUACAUUUCUUGUUAGUGCAUAAAAAGUUUAUAGCUAAAAAGUUUCUGAGUACUACUUAAUAUAACCUAAAAAUGUAACGUAGUGAUUACUUGUUUUUUGGUACAUAAGUUUAUGCUAGCCCUACAUCAUAUAUUAUAAAGUGAUGAAGUUUAUAAACAGUUCUAUAAAAUUUCUAAAAGGUGUAUUAAAACUUAAUAAGGUUUUUAAAAGUUUAUAAAUUAAAAAUUAUUCGGUUCUUAUUAUCUAUAAGCAGAUAUUUAUAAAAGUCAAUAACUGUAAUCCAACGACAGAAAAAGGCGGGAAACAAAAAAAAAUCAAAUUGAAAUAAAAAGAAUCUAAUAAAAAGCACCUAAAAAUGUUGGGACAGAAUUUACAUUUCAGUUUUUCUAAAGUUUCUCAGAAUUGUUAAUACUGAGAGAGUUAGUGGAUAUUAUUCUUCGAAUCGGGUAGUUUGUUUAAGUUAUGAAAUGAGAAUAAAACCUAAACGAAUAUUACUUUGUAGUAAAAGUAACAAAGAAUAAAUAUGAAAAAAUAUUUAAAAAUGUAUGGAAAAGAAUAUAACUACUAAUAUAGGAACGGAUACACAGGAGUGGAGUCAAGCCCUGGAAAUAUCAGCACAGAGAUGGGCCGAUCAAUGCGUCAUACAAAAGUCGCCAGAUAUUUUGGAUAAUUGUCGAGAUUUAGAAAACGUAUUUGUGGGCCAGAACAUAGCGACGGUGCACGGCGAUGCACCAGGGCUAUCGCUUACGGCGUUGGUUGAUAUAUGGUAUAUGGAGUUAUUACACGCAAAUGCUUCAAUUAUAUCAAGUUAUGUCCCUUCCACGCAAAUGGGAAUGUCGCAUUACGACUAUUUCACUCAACUAGUUUGGGCGGAGUCCAGUCAUGUUGGUUGCGGCAGCGUUAAAUAUAAACAAAUAACAGAAGACGGAAAUAAAGUAGUAAAUAAAACAAUAAAUAGAUUAGUAUGCAAUUUUUCGCCUAGUGGGAACAUUAUACAUAAUGCGGUGUAUAACAAAGGAACACCAUGUUCAAGAUGUCUGAAUGAUUUAGUUUGUGAUACUGAAUAUGAAGCUUUAUGUGCUGCUUCAAGCCAAAAAGCUAAAGUUAAUAUUGACGUGAAUAUAUCUGAUGUUGUACAGAAAAUCGAUAGACCUGGUACAGUAAAUGUUAAAAACUCUACAACCACAACACUUGGAGAUUUUAUAGAAGAUGAUGAUUAUUUUACUCCAUAUAAUUAUUUCUCAAGAUUUUUAGAUGUACCCAGACCAACAACUGCUUCUAAUGUUGAUAACAACAGUUCUUGUAAAGAUUUCGUAGCUGUUGACGAUUUUGUAGAACUAUUAAAGAUAAAGCUUAGUAAGGAUCCAAUGUUUAAAGAACUUCUGCUAAGUGCUUCAACGCAAAUAUCUGACAAAACUAAUACUUACACUGAUGCAAGUGUAGCGGCAUUAGUAAGUCGAAUUUAUAGUAAAAAAGAAGACAUCACUACUAUAAAAUCAACGGAAAGUGAGCAUAUUAAUUCUACUUUACUCGCGGAUUUAGUUGAAGCUGUUAUAUUUAGGAAGGGAGAUAAAAUAUCAACAACAGAAAAUGGAUUACAAAUUACACAACCAGUAGGUAACGUGAGUCCAGUUAAGAUACGAGCUGAGCUUGCUGAAAUAAAACAGAAUAAUGAUUUUACUGGCCAUUAUUUUUUCCCCGAAGAUGAUACAGAAGAAACCAGUUCAGAAACAACUCAAAUAUAUGAUGAUAUUUCAGAACCUCCUAUUACUGACAUAGUAUUGGAAAUUGAAGAUUUGAAACGACAAAAAUCCACUAAAGAUUUUUUAGAAGAUAUACUUGAAUUCGAACCUGCGUCUGAAAGUAGGGCACGAUCUAAUUUGCUGACGACGGAUUUGAUAGAUUUACGUUAAUAAUACCAUGAUUGGUUUACAAUAUGUAUUUUUAAUUUUAUAUUAGUAUAAUAAAAACUAGUUAUUAUUGUA